CAAACUCAUGUCUAACUUGAUUAUAUGCUUGAGUAAAAAAGCCAACCUGUUCUAUCAGAUGAUUUUCUGAAUGAACACACAAAAACGCAGUUGAUGAUUUCUAGAAACUCUCAACACUGCUUGAUUUGGGAGGUGCUGUCAUACUUUGACCUCAACCCGACGCCUUAUCGCAGAACUCUGAGUGUAGAUAAGUGUGCAAGGACAUAAUAAAUCAACCAGUAACAAAAUACAACACACUGUGUACACAGGCAGCAAAAAGGCCCGGCAGAUAUUCGCGAUAUUGAAAAUGGGUCUGAAGGGGUCCAAGCUCCCUGAGGCGAGAGUCCUCCUCCUGGGUCUUGACGGGGCUGGCAAAUCCACUCUGCUUUACAAGCUCAAAUACAACGAACGCUUCCAGACCGUUCCGACAGUCGGCUUCAACGUGGAGAUGUUUGACGCGAAGCAGAAGAGACGGAAGAUCACCUUGACCGUCUGGGACGUUGGUGGCCAGCAGAUAAUGAGAGCGAACUGGAAGAACUUCUAUGAAGAAACCGCUGGCCUUCUGUUCGUGGUGGACUGUUCAGACAAGGGACGUUUAGAUGAGGCCAAACGUGAGCUGGAGCACAUCCUCAGGAGCGAGGACCUCGAGGAACUGCCUGUGGUGAUCCUGGCCAACAAGCAGGACGUGGGGGGAGCCUUAACGGCUACAGAGCUCACGCAGAAGUUCAACCUGAGGAAGAUGUGUAGCGACAGGAACUGGUUCGUCCAGCCCUGUUCGGCUGUGUCCGGCGUAGGACUGGAGGACGGUUUCAGGAGGAUGGUUCACUUCGUGAAAACCACCGAUGAUGCCAAUAUUAAAGAGACGGUCAAGUAUUUACGAUCCAAGUCAAUGAAAACGAUAAAGAAGUAAGCGUGGUGGUGAUUUUAUUCAGUUGAUGCCGUCUGGGAUUUUCUGCACUCUGGAGUUUCACUGGACAUUCACACGUUCAAACGGACCAGUCAUUCAUAAAUUCAAGUCAUGUGCAGAUUAGACCUUUUAUGGUAGAGCUGCUGAUCAAAGGGCAAGAAUAUUGGACAGGAGGGCCCAGUCACAGUUGGAUUUGCCAGCGAAAUUUUGUGGCACAUUCAUUUUCAAUGGAAUUUGCCAUGAUGAGAGAUUUUGCGUCACAGACUUGUGGGGUGAAUAAAUUUCGUCUGUGAAACUUCACAUCAAGUUCAACGUUGGUGAACUCUAACAUGCAAAUUUGCAGGACUGAACAACCGUGUUUCUGCUUUACCUCUCAAGAUCAAUAUUGCAGCUCUGAAGAUCCAAAAUGUAGAAAACGCCAAUUUAACCAGUGUUUUAAAGGUGCAGUGUGUAAAAUUUAGAGGGAUCUAUUAGCAGAAAUGGAAUAUAGUAUACAAAACCAUGUUUUCAUUAGUGUAUAAUCACCUGUAACUAUGAAUCGUUGUGUUUUCAUUAGCUUAGCAUGAGCCCUUCAUAUCUACAUAUGGAGCGGCACCUCUCCAAACAGAGGCUGCCAUCUUGCUCCGCCAUUUUUCUGCAGUAGCCCAGAACAGACAAACCAAACUCUGGCUCUAGAGCACCUUAUGCACUUUUACUCUGAAGCAGCAGCUUGAAUUUGGUGGCGCUGUAGCUCCAGUUGAGAUGUAAAUAGGAGAAGAAUCAGUGGUUGCUGUCAGUGCUGGCCGACCAUUUUGUGUCAUGAGAAGUUUGAGAACCAAAAAGUGACCAACGGACAAUCAUACUUAUUAUUUAGCACAAGAUAAAGCAAGGGAGGGUGAGUCCUCGUCGUUAAAGAAGCAAAAACCUGACGGCAACCAUAGGUUCUACUACACGCUUGGAAAGGAAGGGUGAGGGUUAUAGUUGCUUGCAAUCUGCAACCUCACCACUAGAUGCCACUGAAUCUUUCACACUGCACCUUUAAGUUAAAACCCUUUUAACAUUUCUUUCUGGCUGUAAAUAAGCACAUAGAAGAGAGACUGCAUGAUACACAGUCGAUCGAGAGACUGUGUUUUUGUCUUAGUUGUGUUUUUGCUGUUUACGGUAGCUGAGUUAACCUUGCUAACUGCUAUGUUAGCUCCUUGGCUAACUGCAGCUCCACACAAAUCACCCGUCCAAGUUGUGUACGUUUUUUGGUAGUGGAAAAAGUCAGCGUGCAGCACUAAACUAUCACGAGUGCAUAAUUAUUUGAUAGAAUUAUGUUCACCUUCAUGUUUUUUACUCUUUAGCGAGUUAACUGGCUUUCUCCCUGCACAAAUGUGGAGCACCAAUCUUCUGGACGAAGCUUGGUCCAGCGUACGUUGACGCAAACUGCAAAUGUCUAGUGUGACUGACUUAAAAUAUCCUAUCUGAAAUGAGUCAUUUCCAUCAUGUGAGGAGUGAGCCACCCAUGAAACACUGGCAAAAAGCAAUGCAGGAAGCAGUUUAGAGUGACGUUCAGUGACUCUGCUUUGGAACCGGGAUUCUACAGACAGAACGUCCUGUGUCAACUCAUAAACUUUCAAACAGCUCUUCUAACUUUGUAACUACAAAAAAAAUCGAGUCUAUCCUGUAAAUCAAGUCCCAUUAGCACAUUAAAUUCCCAGACUCUUUA